ACAUUUUUACAAAUUUUAAGGAAGUUGCUUUCGACCGGUCAUAGCGGUCACACCGCUGCUCCGUUUAUGUAAGCGCUGUGAAGUGUUAUUAAAGCCGGAAAGAGUGUACGGUGUCUCAUAUCAGGCGACAGCUGCCGGAGAUUUGAAGUUCUUGUUCGCGGUGUUUCCAGUCAGUUCAGUCCUUCAGGUGCCGCAGGUAGCCUACUGACUAAUUUAAUAUCGGCCAAGCAGAAGCUGUCAGGAGCGUCCAUUCUCUGCGACAGACAGACAUCUGUCUGACCGCAUUCUCGGUAUUUUGCUUUAUAUUUCUUACCCCAGAUGCAGAAACCAAGGUAGUAUUUUAUAUUUUCACUCGAAGGCACUUCGAAACAGGGUUUCAUCCAGCAUCCACUCUUGUUCAUGGUAAAGAUGAACUGGACAGCUGGAACACAGUGUGUAGCCAAGGGCAACAACAAGAAAGCUAAAUCCGGAGAGCUGGUGUAUCACAAAGGAGACAUUCUCACUAUUGUUGAUGCUAAGGGAUAUUACAAGGCCAGACAUAACACUACAGGAGAGGAGGGAUUCAUUAACUCCACCAAUGUGCGUGAGAGAAAGGCUCUGCGAGUGGACCCCAACCUCAGCCUCAUGCCCUGGUUUCAUGGGAAGAUCUCCGGUUCAGAGGCGGUGUGUAAGCUACAGCCAGCUGAGAAUGGCCUGUUCCUGGUGAGAGAAAGUAUCCGUCAUCCGGGUGACUACGUCCUGUGUGUCAGCGUCUCUGGAGAGGUCAUCCAUUAUCGGGUGAUUUACCAGGACAACAAGCUGACCAUUGACAACAAACAGUAUUUUUACAACCUCAUUGACAUGAUAGAGUAUUACUCAAGGAGCAAAGGUUCCAUUGCUACAGUUCUUAUGAAGCCCAAAGAGAAACAAGGAACCAAGUCAGCUGAGUUGGAAUUGUCUAAAACUGGAUGGCUGCUAGACAUUGCAAAGCUCACACUGAGAGAAAAUAUUGGAGAAGGGGAAUUUGGUGCUGUUUAUGAGGGAGAAUAUAUGGGCCAGAGGGUGGCAGUAAAGAUCAUUAAAUGUGAUGUCACAGCUCAGGCCUUCCUGCAGGAAACCGCAGUGAUGACGAAACUGCAGCAUAAAAACCUGGUGCAGUUGUUGGGUGUCAUCCUUGAUAAGGGGCUUCACAUUGUCACAGAACUAAUGACUAAGGGAAACCUUGUGAACUUUCUCAGGACAAGAGGACGCUCAGUUGUUAAUUUUCUUCAGCUGCUCCGAUUUGCGCUUGAUGUGUGUGAAGGGAUGGAGUAUCUGGAGUCAAAGAAGCUGGUUCACAGAGAUUUGGCAGCUCGUAACGUCCUUGUCUCCGAAGAUAGCGUGGCCAAGGUUAGCGACUUUGGCCUGACCAAGGUGGGCUCCAAGGAAACUGAUAAAGUCAAGCUGCCGAUCAAAUGGACCGCACCUGAAGCUCUGAAGAAAGAGAAAUUCUCCACAAAGUCAGAUGUUUGGAGUUAUGGGGUUCUCCUGUGGGAGAUCUUUUCAUAUGGUCGCCAGCCCUACCCUAAGAUGUCCUUGAAUGAGGUGAAAGAGAAAGUGGAGGGAGGAUAUCGCAUGGAGGCUCCAGAGGAGUGUCCCCCCAGUAUUCACUCCUUGAUGAGGCUUUGCUGGCAGCAGGAGCCACGCAGAAGACCUGGUUUCUCCAAACUGAGGGAGAAACUUGAACAGGAAAUGAGUAAAGUGAGCCCUGGCCCUACAGCAGAGUGCCGGGAAGUAUUCAGUUCUGCAUCAAGGUGCUGAUUUUUUUUUAAAGUUUUUUAUAUACUUCCAACUGUGGAAUCAGAGUACCAGCUCUUCCAGAGAAAGAACAUUGGGAAAGUUUAAACUUUGGUGCAGAUGUUCAUAUUGCCCUCAGGAUGAAUGGGAAUACAUUUGGCAAGCUUUUCAAAAGUUCCCUCGAGGACAAAAUUUCGAUGUGAGAAGUCAUUUUCAUGCUCAUUUGCAUAUAGUCUGUUUGAACUAGAUGUGCAUUUCUAGGAUGCAAUGAUAUUUUGAAAAUUCAGUACAUUGAGUCUGAAUGAUCUGUUUCCUUUACUGGUUGCCCACCAAUCAGAUUCAGGUGAGGUGAAUAACAUUUAUCAUGCAAUUACAAGUCAGUGUCAAUUCAGUUAAUUUGGAUUUAUACUAAUGCACUGUAUUGUAUUUAACAAUAAAAACAUCCCAAUGCACUUCACAUAAAACAACAACAA